AUGGCACCCGCCUACGAGGCACAGCAGUGCAACCCCUUCGGCUUCUGCGCCCCGGUAUCACGACCCGCCCACGGCUAUCUCGUCUCUCGUCCUCAGCCUCGCCGCCCACAAUACUCGCCCUACAACAACUUCUUCAGCCAGGUCGAUGAGCUCCUGAGCGAGAUCGACCGCGAGGCACAACGCGAGGCUCAGCGCAAGGCGCAGAUCGAGGCCCACCGAGAGGCACUACGCGAAGCUUACCGCCAGCGACAGCUGCAGCGCAAGCGCGCACUUCGAGCCGACUUCCAAGUCAACCAGAUCGAGCAGGGAUGGCAGGUGGAUGGAGACAUCCAGGGCUUCGAACAGGACAACAUCAACAUUGAGGUUAUCGAUGAGCAUACACUGAAGAUCGCUGGCAACACCCAGUGGCAGUCGGAGAAGUCGCAAGCUCAGCCACAGCUACCUCAGAUCGAAGCCCAGCCCAUACCUGCCGCUAGCAUUGAGCAGCCCACCGCUACACACUCCGAGCCAGAAGUCGAGAGCACCACUGAGACGGAGGCACCUACAACUCGCGCCGCUACACCCGACAGCGAUACCUCAUCGCAUAAGUCAUACCAGCCCACCGUCGAAGACGACUUCGAAGACCUCGCCGCCGACUUCCCUUCUUCGCGACCAUCAUCUCCCACCGAGCCCCGCGAACCCAAGGGCAAGGAGAAGGCCGUCGAUGAGCCCAAGAACACCGAGACCGCUGUUGUAGCCAAGCCACAGCCCGAGGUACCGGUCCAGCAACCCCAACCCCAAGAGCAGCCCCAACAAGAACGCGUCCACGGAUCUUUCGAGCGCACUUUCAGGUUCCCUGAACGCAUCGAUGUCGCCAAUGUAGGCGCUAGCUUCAAGGACGGUGCGCUCAAGGUGACUGUGCCUAGGGCGCAGGUGAUGCAGGUUAGGAGGAUUGCUAUCUUAUAG